CAGUCACCCUUAAACACAAAAACAUAGUACACAAUAUGUCGACAUUUUACAUACCUUCCCGUAUCAAUAUCGAUAUAACCGACAAGCGUUCACAGUACAUUCUCAACAAAUAUCUAGAAACCCCUCCUGGCGACAUGAGCAGCGAGGAUGACUCCAGACAAGCCGCUGUGGUUAUUGACAACGGAUCAGGAGUAUGUAAGGCUGGAUUCUCCACCAGGGACACUCCCCAGGUGGUCUUUCCCUCGAUCGUGGGAAAACCCCGUCACCUAAACGUCCUGGUGGACUCCCUGAUCGAUGAUAGUAUCAUUGGCGAGGCGGCGACCCGCAAAAGAGGAAUGCUCACCCUAAGAUAUCCCAUUGAGCACGGUGUGGUCAAAAACUGGGAUGACAUGGAGAAGAUCUGGAAGUACACAUAUGAGCAGUUGCGGGCAGAUCCAAUGGACUAUCCGGCUCUGCUUACGGAGGCGCCACUGAAUCCCAAGAUUAAUCGGGAGAAGAUGACGGAGAUAAUGUUCGAGACCUUUCGGGUGCCAGCACUGUACGUGGCCAUUCAGGCCGUGCUUUCCCUCUAUUCCACCGGACGCACAGUGGGCAUUGUGGUCGACUCCGGGGAUGGCGUUACCCACACAGUUCCGAUCUACGAGGGAUAUGCCCUGCCCCACGCCUGCAUUCGGGUGGAUUUCGCUGGCAGGGAUCUCACGGAAUACCUCUGCAAGCUGCUCCUGGAGCGGGGUGUGAAGAUGACAACUUCAGCAGAACGCGAAAUCGUUCGGGACAUUAAGGAGAAACUUUGCUAUGUGUCCAUGGAUUGUGCCCGGGACUUGGAAAUGGAAAAAGAACUGGAAGCGAAUCUACGGGAAGAGGAGUAUACUUAUGAGCUGCCCGAUGGCCAGUUGAUCACUUUGGGCGCCGAGAGAUUCCGCUGUCCGGAGGCCCUUUUCCAGCCCAGCUUGCUGGGUCAAGAGGUGAUGGGCAUCCACGAGGCCACCCAUCACUCUAUUGUCAACUGUGACAUGGAUCUGCGCAAGGAUAUGUACGGGAACAUAGUGCUCUCCGGCGGAACAACCAUGUUUCGGAACAUUGAGCACAGAUUCCUGCAGGAACUCACCAAAAUGGCGCCCCUGUCCGUAAGGAUUAAAAUCAAUGCCAGUCCCAGCCGCAGGUUCUCCGUUUGGACAGGUGGAUCCGUGCUGGCUUCACUCACCAGCUUCCAAAAUAUGUGGAUCGAUGGCAUGGAAUACGACGAAGUUGGUUCGAGCAUCGUCCAUCGAAAGUGCUUCUGAGACCCAUGAAUGUUAGACUUUUAGUUGAGUUUAUGAUAGGCAUUGUAAAUAUACAUAUUUUCUAGGUUUUAAUUAA